CUCACUACUUAAAGGGGGUCUUCUGACUCGAAUCAGGUCUAACGUAAGAUAAGUUUUCUGAAGCUAUGAUAAUAUUAAGACAGCAUUAAGAAACAAAUAAUCAUGAACACCAAAGAUUUUGUAGUUAUUCCCUGGGGAAAACCUGGAAAUUCUGUAAAACUAAAAUAUAAAAAUGCUCGGGAACUGCAAAUGGAGAAAAUUCAGCUAGAACUCGAAAACCAAACGAUGGAAAAGAAACUCCGAGAAUUCCAAUCCACAUGGAACAAAGGAAAGGAAGAAAUGAAGUCAAGUGGACAUUACUGGAAUUCUGGAAGUGUGGGCAAAUUGAGUAACAAGUCACAUCUAACGUCACAAAGUAAAGUGAAUGCCAGUAAGUUCUCUUCUGGAAAUGUGAAAUUAAAGAUACUGAAGGAACAGAUUCAAGCACCAGCGAAACAGCAAGCGAAUUAUAAAAUGGCUCAGUCUUUUGGAAGGGAAAAGCCCAAGACUAAAAAGAAAGUUUGUGGACAGUGUGAGAACAAAGCUGCUCUCCUUGUGUGCCUGGAAUGCGGUGAGGAUUAUUGCUCGGGAUGCUUUGCUAAAAUACACCAGAAGGGGGCACUCAAGUUCCACAGAACGACUCUUCUACAGGCAAAAUCUCAAAUCUUAUCCAACGUGUUAGAUGUUGCUCAUCAAUUUAUAAAGGAAGCAAAUCCACCUAAUGAAGGGAAUACGUCUCCAGAAGCGUCCAGUAAAAGUCAAGAGAAAACUAAAGCCCCACUUCUUCAGGACAACAGCACUGAGGUAGAAACUACAGCAGCAGAAGGAGGAGAAAGUACAAAUUCAAGGUACAAGCCCUUGUGUGAAGUGCCUUUUGAUGAAGAAGCGUCUGCCCAGUCCUUUCGGGAAGCCUUAACUCAGUGGAGAGCUGGACAUCAGGAGGAAAACAAACAGCAGAACGAACAUGCAGCAAAACCAGACUCAGUGGAAGAAUGUGAAGUACAAACUAAUUUGAAAAUUUGGACAGAACCAAUUAAUAUCGAAUUUACAGAAGACAGUCUGACAUAUGUGGAAAAAUUAUGGCUUAAAAAACACAGAAGAACUCCACAGGAACAACUUCGGAACAUACUAUUAAACACGUCUCCACUUCCCUCUGAAGCUACUAUGGAGGCACAGAGCUCUCACAAUGAAAAUGAUGUUGAUAGCGAUGUUGAGGAGAUCAAAGUCCAAUAUCCACCUCUUUUUAUGCCAGUAGAAAAAUUGAAUAUAGAGAGACCUCCACCAUCUCUAACAAUAGUAGAACUGGAUGGUACUCAUGAAGCAGACAUUGAAGAACCAGAGAACGCUGUACCUUACAGAGUUGAAUUAGCUGAUGCAGAGAGUCAAUUAAGUUCUACAUUUCCUGAUUAUCAGAAUUGUUUUCCACGUGAAAAUGGCAUCCAUCAACAUCUUGUUUUCAACAAAGGAAAAACAGACCUCUUAAGUCUUUGUUUGAGAACAAAUUCUACAUACCGUAAGGAUAACUUAAAAGAUUUUGGCAAUAGUAUGGAGUCUGGUCUUUCUUCUCAUGAGCUCAAAAAAGUAGGAGAAACCAGCUCUUUUGAACAAAAUGUAACAGAAAAAAAUACAGACCCAGAAAACAACCAAAAUUCUGGUGAUUCCUACAUGUCAUUUUGGAGCAAGGAUUCUAAGCCACCUGUAGAUUUACAUACAUCCUUCAUAGAGGGGAAUUCAUCUCAAGAGACCAGCAUAUCCUUGGAAGGUAGCAAUCUGAAAGAGAAGCCUAACUUUGAAGAUUUAAAAACUACAAAGACACCACCGCUGUUACAAGACAUAGCCCUCAGAAAAAAACCUGUAAAUGAACGGUAUCAAGGACUUGAGAAGUUCUUUACAGUCGGUAAGAAUGAAAGACUCGGCUCCCUUCCUUCACCAAGCUUACGAGGCAGCCAUUCCUGUUCCACGAUCUCACUCUCAGAAGACAAAGUGUGGAUCCCAGACAGCAGCUUAAGCGAGCAUGCUGGUGGUGCAGAUGCCUUGCAGGAUCUGCCGAGUGCUGAAAAUCCACUUCCAAAUCUGCAACAGCAAAAGACAGGCCAGAAAUCCCAGAGACCUUCUACGACGAACUUCUCUGUUUCCAGUUCUGCUCGCAAAGCCUCCAGCUCUCAUUUGUCCUCUUAUCCCCGACCAAGAAGUGUAACUGCUCAACCCCUAUCCAGAGCUGCGUCUGAAAUUUCAGAAAUUGAAUACAUAGAUGUCACUGACCAAAAUGAGCCUCUCCUAGAUAACGCAGAAGAUCAGCAAGCUUUAGACAGUUUGGAGAAAGAGUUAAACACACUGAAAGACCUUGCAGAUCCUUCAGAAAAAUCUCAGAGUCUACCCUCAGAAGAGUUACCAGCCUUCACCCGUUAUUCUCUGAGUUUCAAUCAGAUGUCCGAAGACCUCCUGGAGAUGCCUUGUGAGGAUGCCAACAGUGAAAGAGAGAUGAGCACUUCUGGAAGAAAUACCGAAAUGCAGUCUUUGCUGUCACUUGGUGAUUACAGUACAGAUGAGGACGAGGAGGAUUUUCUUGACAAGCAACAUGUCUCUACACUUCCAUGGGUGAAGGAUGUAUAACAGAUCGUUACUUCUCCACUUUGUACCCAGAAUAAACCAAACAACUGAGUGACUAACGUGUCCAGGUGUUGAAGAUUAUUAGUGGCUCAAAUAUUUUCAAGCUGGAAAACUAAUAAGGAUUCGCGAUGGUAAAAGUGGCAGAUCCUUUUCUUCCAAAUGCCAUAUUGUAUGUCAAACACUCAUCUAUAUUGCAGACCACGCUGGUAAUGGGUAACUUUAUGUCAAUGAAACUUACCUUAGAACAGAAAACUAUUGGGUUUAAGCUAACGAAUGUUUCUUAUGUAAUUAUAUUUGAUAUUUACAUCAAAAGAGAAUAUUCUCUAUGUCCAUGUCAGCAUGGCAUCAUCAACUCACUUAAAAUUACAGUG